GGGCGCGGAGGCGAUGGGGGGCGGCGGCGGAGGCUGGCGAUGAGCGGCGGGAGCGCGUGAGCGGGCCGGCAAGCGAGGCUGGGGGGCCCCGGAGAGCGAGCCGCAAGGCGGAGGGCGGGGGCGCUAGCGCUCCGGGCGGCGGGCGGCGGCCAGGACGCGACGGCGGCGGCCAGGGCGCGGCGGCCGAGAAGAUGGCGGACGGCGACAGCGGCAGCGAGCGCGGCGGCGGCGGGCUCGGCGGCUUCCAGCCCGCGUCCCGUGGCGGCGGCGAGCAGGAGACGCAGGAGUUGGCCUCGAAGCGGCUGGACAUCCAGAACAAGCGCUUUUACCUGGACGUGAAGCAGAACGCCAAGGGCCGCUUCCUCAAGAUCGCCGAGGUGGGCGCCGGCGGCUCCAAGAGCCGCCUCACGCUGUCCAUGGCGGUGGCCGCCGAGUUCCGCGACUACCUGGGCGACUUCAUUGAGCACUACGCGCAGCUGGGCCCCAGCAGCCCGGAGCAGGUGGCGGCGGCGGCAGGUGCUGAGGAGGGCGGUGGGCCGCGGCGCGCGCUCAAGAGCGAGUUCCUGGUGCGCGAGAACCGCAAGUACUACCUGGACCUUAAGGAGAACCAGCGCGGCCGCUUCCUGCGUAUCCGCCAGACAGUCAACCGCGGCGGCGGCCCCGGGCCCGGCGGCCUGCAGAGCGGCCAGACCAUCGCCCUGCCCGCCCAGGGCCUCAUCGAGUUCCGCGACGCGCUGGCCAAGCUCAUCGACGACUACGGCGGCGAGGACGACGAGCUGGCGGGGGGGCCCGGCGGCGGCGGGGGGCCCGGCGGCGGCCUGUACGGGGAGCUCCCAGAAGGCACCUCCAUCACGGUGGACUCGAAGCGCUUUUUCUUCGACGUGGGCUGCAACAAGUACGGGGUGUUCCUGCGCGUGAGCGAGGUGAAGCCGUCCUACCGCAACGCCAUCACCGUCCCCUUCAAGGCCUGGGGCAAGUUCGGGGGCGCCUUUUGCCGGUAUGCGGAUGAGAUGAAGGAGAUCCAGGAGCGGCAGAGGGAUAAACUUUAUGAGCGACGCGGCGGCGACGAGUCCGAGGGCGAGGAGGUGGAUGAGGAUUGAAACUCGCAGUUUCUCCUAUGGGCCUUCCCACCCCACCAUCGUCCACUUGGCUAGAGAGCUCCCCUUCCUGCUCAUCCACAGUGAGUUAAUGGAGUGGGAGCAAGGGAGGCCCAGAGGGAGAAAACGAAAUUUAAAAUUAUAUAGUUAAUUAAGACAAAUAACCAUAAGAGAACAGUCACGGACAAUUAGAGAAAAGCAGUAAAGUUCCAAGGAACUGACAGCAACCUGCAAAGAGAGGACGACAGCUUCUCCUCACCUGAGCAAAAUAAGUCUCAGCUUCUGCUGUUUCCCAACUGAGGUUCCUAAACUCCUCAGGAUAACCCUGGAAGGGAUAGAUUCUCGCACAUCUUGUGCCCAGGAACACUUGAGUUACCUGGACCCCACUGAUAACAGCUGAAUUUGUUCUACCUGGGUAACCUGGACUAAAGAUCUCUCCAGACCUUGCUGUUGCAGUGUCUGCCCCUUCACCUCCAUUGAAAUCAGCAUUUUGGAUCCAAGUCUUCAUAGGAAUCUUGAGAAGAGAGAGGCCUUUGCAGUUACCCAGUUCUGAGGGUAUAGGUUUCAUGAAGAGGGAUGCAACUCUAAAUAAUCAUAGAGCUAAAUAAGAAUUUAAGAAGCCACCGGGGAAUGCAGAAACAAAUUGGAUCCAUUUUGUUUAAAAUGGUUUUGCAUGGAACCUGGACCAAGGCCUGUGUCUUUUCUUUGCAGAAUUGUUUUCUGGGAUGCAAAUGGAUUCAGAUGUCACUCCUUGAAUUAGAAUCCGUUACUGAAAUAUUUUAAAAGUUGGCAAAAAUUAUUCAAAGAUAAAAGAGCAUUUUUACAUUGGGGGUUGCUGAGGUAGGCACAAGAAGAAAUCAGGCAUAAAGCACAAGGAAAACUGUUUGAGUGGAUUGGUUGCUGCUCACUAAAGUUCUUCCCCUGAUCUCCAAAUAUGGAGGUCAUUACCAAGAAAUGGCUUCGGUAUGAAUGAGAGCCAGAUCCCUGUGGCUCCACCGUGUGAGCCAGUGAAUUAUGGCUAAUUUGGCUGUUUCAGCCACUGGAUGGCUGGAUUUUAAACCGUAAAACUUGAAGAUAACUACAAAAGGAACAGUGUGGCUACAAGCCUGAGCUUUAAUGGAAUGUACGUCCUCACAGAAGUUGGAAAUAACCAAAACUGAAGUCAUCUACCUUCAGUUUAAUCUGUGGAUUUGUUCAAAUACUAAAGAUCCUCAGGUCCAGAAUUCCAGCAUCAUUUAUUCUUUUAAAAUAAAUUUUUAAGAACUUGAUCCAUUGUUUCAGUACCUCACAAUCAGAGUUGGCAAAUGAUGGAUGAGUGAUUCAUGCAGCAUGACCUUUGGAAGCUGAAAUCCAUCUGAAUAGAGCUGAAGUGAAAGUGAAUAUGCUGACUAUAUUCUGGAAGCAUUUUUAUACCAUCUUGAAAUUUCAACAAACUGGCUUUUGCCAGUUUAUCCAGCUGUCUUACAAGAAUAAAAGUUGGGGUUUUCAAGGAUCGCCUCUUCUAUAUUUUAAAUGGAUUUUCCGUAAAAAUGAUUUUACUAAUCAAGUCAAUCCCGCCCCAUCAAAAGGUAUUCCUAGAAAUGUCAUAGAUCUAGGUAACUUUGAAUUGAAUGGGAGCUAAUGUUCUUUCCAAAGUUUUCAGGUAUUCUUUGUGCGACACCUUCUCAACCAGGAGGCAAGUAACCCCACCUCCACAAUCUUAGUAUUUUUUUUUUUAACUGCAUGCCUGCCCUUUAUUUGAGCUGCCUUUUAAUUUAUUGCAUACCCUUUUUAUUAUCUUAUUUUGGUAUUAUUCAACCUCUACAGUCUUUUUGUAUUUAUUGGGAAUAAAUAAUAUACAUAAAGGUCAUUUUCAUGCAUUGUGGCUGAGAGAGAGGGAAAUAUUGUAUAUAUAAAAUUAGGCUUUUUUAAAAAUUAGACUAUGAUUCAGAAUAUUGUUGAUCUUAGAUUUUUAAAAAAAAGUGGAAGAGCCACAGACAUUGGUGCCCUUUUCAGACUAUUUCUCUACUCUCAUCAUCCACAGUAGACUUUUUAAACAUUUUUUUUUAGAGCUUUUCUUUUUUUUUAAAUUUUUCUCCGUUGCAAAGAAUGUUUCCUAAAUUGUAUGGGAGCAAUAGUAUUUUUGAUGUUUUAAUGACAUCUGUAUACUUGUACUGUAUUUUGUACUACAAGGCAGCUGUUUUCAAUAAUGUCCUGCUGUAUUUACCUAUGUGUUUUGAGUGUUUAUUUCUUUGCUGCGGAGAACAAAUCCCUAAGUAGUUUUAGUAAAGGAGCUGAGAAACUAGCAUUAGGUUUGCAGAAACUGUUUAAGUUUCAAACUCUGAGGCAGCAAUGAAAAUUAAGUUUGCAGCUAUUAGUUGAUUGCUGUAACUUUUUCAUUUUCGAACCAUGUACAAUUCCUGUAAAGACCAACUUGUUUUCUUGCUUCAGUGGUGAUUCUAUUGCUCAGCUGCAGUGAGCCAGUUCAAUUUUGCAAAGGUGCAGUACCUCUCCUUUUUAAGGAGUUGGUUUAUUCUGUUUCUGUUCAUUUGGCUGAAUUGCAGUAACUAGCCCUGCCUUUCUAUCCUGUAGAAAUGACAGGGUCUUCACAAUCCUUCACCAGUGGCUACUAAGCUAUAAUUAGCUAAAUAGAAUGUGGAAGUGGUCUGAGGCAUAUAAAGUAUAUGCCAAGAACACUACCAUAUAUGGCAUCAGCUUUGGUUACCAGAGAAAUUUUCUUAGUCAUUAGACCAUAUAACAGUAAUAUAUCAUAUGUAAAUCUUUAGAUAUCAAUUUGAGAAUCCUCCAAAAAAAGGAGCAAAGAAUGCAUAAGCUAUGUGUUGGAAAAAGUAAUUUAUAUUAAAAUUUUGACCUGCCUAUGUAAGAUUAAGGGGUAAAGGUCAUAGUGGUGGGUUUUUAAGUCUUAACCAAUCUCAAAGGUUUGUUCUCCUGCAGGGGGUGGUUCAUGGCUUCUCUUCCCACUGCAGGAAGAUUACAGAAGGAUGUGGAUUAAUUGUAGCAUUUCACUGAUCCGCAUUCCAGUCCCUUGGGACAAUAGAAAUCUGUAAAGCACAGAGACUGCAGUUUUGAUAUGUAGUUUGUUCAACAAGGCAAUAUUAAUGGGCCUUCUUUCAGAACUCAUUCAUAAAUAUUGCUUAUUAAAGCAAAUGUUUUUUGAUAAACCCAGUCAGAAAAUGGCAUUAUAUAGACUAUGGGAAACAACCAAUUUUUUUUGUUUUGUAUUUCAACCACUACCAUGAACAGUGAUUUAGGGCUUGUUUUUUAACUUUUGCAAACAUCCCAGCUAAUCACAUGUUCAAAAUAGUCAUAUUCCUGAGAAGUAGGUAACUAAAAUUCCUUUUCAGAUAAUUGGUAGAAUGUUUGUUUCUCAAACUACUGCAGUUACAGACGUGAGAAGUCAAAUUUUAGGAACAGAAUCAAAAAAGCAAAAAUCUGAUGAGAUCCUACUAUUCCCUUCUGGUUUCUAUUGUCCCUACCUAUCAUUCAAGUAGAACAGCAGUUCUAGUCAGCAAAGAAAGUUUUCAGUGCAUAUGCUGCACAGAACAAAAUGUAAAUCUGUAUAGCACCAAAAAUCAAAGUGAGAACCAAACCAAAAACCCAGACACCCUAUGUUACUAUGGGAGGCAUGUAGGUGGUAUAAAUGACUGUAGCUGUGAUACACACAUGGCUACUCGUCAAGUCACUUUUCCAUAAUUAUUUACUGCAAAAUGAUUGAGAGGCUUUAGGUGCAGGCAGCCGUUAACCUCCUGCUUCCAUUGUUACCUCUCCAUCACUUUGCAAUAAAUUGCAGGUCUUCUAAGUCAAGCUUCAGUUUUCUCAAAACAAAACAAUUAUCCUGUCUUAUCUGAAAAUGCAGGGUUGUGGGCUAAAGAGGCUGGUUAUAAUAAUGCCCUCAUAUUGAGUGGUCUGUAAAUGGCUGCACACUUCAGGCACUAUAGUUGCUGAGGAUGCUUUGUUAAAUGUGACCUUGACUGGCUUUACAGGGGGGUAGAAUUAACUACACAAGGUAUUGAAAGGUGACUAUUCAUUUGUGUCUACCUUGCUCUUGAGGUGGAUGAAAUUAAGGAGAAGCUUGAGUGUGUAAGCCAUGCACAUAAGUAUUCUUCACUGUAAAUUUUGUUUUCAUUUUUAACCCACUUUAUGGUACUUUGUCCAAUGCACAAAUGAUCUCUCAGUAGAUAUUCAUUUGAAAAUAGUGUGGCCUUGAUCAGUGAGAAGGGGGAGGAGAGAAAUGACUUUUUGCUUGUGUAAAAAUGACUCAUUUGCUGAGAGUCGUUCUGCAGCACUCUUAGUAUCUAAUGCAUUUGUGACCUGUCUCCUUUUUGAUUGGGGAAAGGUAAUGUUUUUGACCCUGGGGUUAUUAAUUCAAUUGAGUUGUCUUCUAUUUUUAGGAAGUAUCAGAAUUGCUCUGAUAAGUAACAAAGUUGACUGCUUUGAUGUCCAAUCUCAGGUUUUAGAAUAUAUAUAGUGGUGUAAAAUCCCACCGUUAAAACAGUUUUGAUUUAGUACACCCUAAAAGUCACACGCAUAAGGCCUGUUCAGAGAGCAGAGCCUCCAUCUUUUUGCUCCUUUUCCACUUUGUACGUCACUUGAGAAAAUGUCGAGUGAUUUUACAUUGUAUAUUUCCAUUUUACCCUGACAUAUAUCUCAAAGAUAAAGCACUUUUUGAUCGUGAAAUACAUGGAAUCUUUGUGUGUUGUGGAUCAUGAUUUCUCAGGCUCCCAUAAUCUGCUUAUGAAUAUUGUUCUAACUGUGUAACAAGAGUAGAAAUCUUUGCUAACGUUAGAAAGUUUGUAUUAUUGAUCCAGAAUGCAUUUUGCUAGCUUCCAAUGGAUGGGAGAGUAAACAAUGCUGCAUUCACAAUUUAAUAAGUUACUUUCCCUUGAGCCUUAAGGUAACUUUUUUUUCUGUCAACAACAGCACUGAAGUGACAGUAAAUGAAUGAGAUUAUCAGUUUUCAGGGUUGGUUUUAGAGUACUGUAAAUCAAUUAGCUGUCUUCCUUAACAGUUACUAUUCCCAUUGAAUAAACUGGAUAAUGGGUGUGUGGGUAGGGCUGGGGAGGGAGGGAGAUGGUUUGUAGAAAAGAAAAAAGAAAAAAAGAACCACAUUUACCUUAAGAAAAAUAGACAGAAAAAAACUGCAUGUCAAUGCCCUGUUUGAAAUUCUACACAUAAGGUGGAAAUGGCAUAUUAUAACUUCAUUUCCCGUUUUUAAUCUAGAAAGCAAAAUCAUUAAUUUUCAAAUAUUAGCCCCCAGAAGUUUCAAGAGAUAGCGGCCUUUUUUUUUUAAUAGCAGGCUCUUGAAUGGUGAGUUCUCUUAAUAUAUCUAACUUUUUAUUUAAAGUCUCUGUUCCCGGCCCUCAGUCUUAAAACUUAGUUUCAUUACUGAUAUACUUAACAGACUGUUUUUUCAACAAAUGUGGUCCAAUUGUCAGUACCAAAAAUUAAAUUUGGAAAAGGAAAAAUAAUAAAAUUAGAUCACAAAGACUUAUUACUCUAUCAAUUUCUGAUUGAUAUCUGUACCCCUGAUCCAAGUAAGAGCUUUGUGAAAUGUAUUUUAUAUUUCCUAAUGAAAUAGGAAAUAUGCCAUCAAUAUAAUCACCUUUAUUCACAAUCUUUUACUUUUCAUUUGAAAAUCCAACUCAUGCCUCUUG